GCCCGGGGCGGGCCUUUUCCUCUCGAGCCAGUCGGCGAGGACGGGGCACUUAGUCAGUCAGCCUUUUGCACUCCGGCUCGGUGUCAAUGUGCCGCCGCCGCCGCCGCCGCUGCCACUGAGUAGUGAGACGCAGCAAGAGCGAGAAUCCCAGCCACGUAAGUAGCUAUUUAUACAUGCUGGAGAGAUGAUGUCUUGCUGAAAGGGACUGGCUCGGCCAUCCCUUUCCUCCCCCUCUCCUUCUACCUCUAGGAAUAAAGAUCGACGCCUGGAAUAAUUCAGAUAAUACUAUAUAUAGUAUUAUACAUAUUUAAAAUAUUCUGGCUGCCUUCGGCUUCUUCGCAUCUCAGGACUCAGUCUGUGGGAGGUGUGGGGGACACACGCACGCACGCACACAAAGGAAACUGUCGAGAGGGGCUUCCUUCUUGCCGCGGUUUUGUUUCGUUUUGUUUUGGUCCGGGGAGUCCUUCAUGGUUUAUUUUUGUUCGCAUGUGCAUUGCACGCCAAAGAUCUGGUGAAAGUCGACGAACGGAGGGCGGCCAGCCACCCCGCGCGAUGGAAAGCUGAAGAGCAUCGAUCGCUUCGUGUCCUUGGUUGCACUUUUUUUUUUUUUUUGGUCUGAUCAAAGGAAAGCAUCGCGCACAUAAAAACCAGUGUUGCAGCUCGUGGAUCUUUGUGCCCCUCUCGCUUUUCCCGGCGGUGACGGUGCCUUUCAUUUUUAAGAACAUCUUCCAGCUGGCAGAAAAGGUGCAAAAGAUAAAUCUAUGACCAAAUAGUGUGCAUUCUGCCCGCCGCCCCUUUUUGUUUUCAUUUCCCCCCUUUCUUUUUGUCGGCGGAGCUUCUUGCUGACCCUCUGAAGUUAAAUGCUCCCUCGUUAUUUUUUGUUGCAUUUCUGGAUAGCCCUUGCUAUCAGGAAGAAGGUUCAGACGCCAUCUACAGUUAAAACGUAGGUAAAAAGGAACAUUCUUGCCCCCCUCUUUUACUGAAAAAGCGAGGAAAGGAGAAUCCAGUCGUCUGCUGCAGCUUGUUGCCUCAACGAAUUCUUUUCCUUCGUGUGAAGAUUUCGCAGGGAGUGAUCGGGAAAGCAAAUACUGCUAGCCCAUCUAUUUUCCUUCCAGACUUUUCGUUUUAAUUAUUUAUUGCUCCUCUUGAAAAGAAGAGAAAAAAGAAUAGUACAGUAGUGUUUCCUGCGAGGCCACGUUUUGCGAUCGUGCACGUUUUUGUCUGAUCCCGGUCCGCGCUACUUCGCUGCUCCUGCGCGAGAGACUCCCCCCCGCCCCGGAUUCGCAUCGAACGUGCCGGGAGCGCGUCGGGAAGGACCCUUCCGAUUGAUUGCUCGCCCCCCUCCAAUCCAACUCCCACUUUGCUCGUCUAUAUACCUUGGACUAGAAUCCCACAUCAACCUGUCCUACAAACACCCUUUCAACGACAGCACAAAGGCAUUAUUGCCACGGACCUGUGGCAAGCGACUGAUCUUCGGAUCACCCCAAAGGGUGUGUGUUUGUGUGAGUGAGUGAAUUGGGGGGGGUUGCUCGGAGGGUUUGUUCUCUCCAUCCCCAUGAACAUACAAAGGUCAACCCCCAUCACAAUAGCACGCUAUGGAAGACCUCGGAAUAAAACCCAGGAUUUUGAGGAGCUCUCGUCAAUAAGACCCACCGAGUCCUGCCAGAGUUUCAGCCCCAACCUAGGCUCGCCGAGCCCGCCAGAGACUCCGAACUUGUCGCAUUGCGUUUCUUGCAUCGGGAAAUACUUACUGUUGGAGCCUCUGGAAGGAGAUCACAUUUUUCGAGCCGUACAUCUGCACAGCGAGGAGGAGCUGGUUUGCAAGGUGUUUGAUAUUGGCUGCUACCAGGAAUUGCUUGCACCGUGUUUUUGUCUGCCUCCUCACGACAACAUCAACCAAAUCACUGAAAUCAUUCUUGGGGAGACAAAAGCUUAUGUGUUCUUUGAGAGGAGCUAUGGGGACAUGCAUUCCUUUGUUCGUACCUGCAAGAAGCUGAAGGAGGAAGAGGCAGCCAAACUCUUCCAUCAGAUAGCAUCUGCUGUAGCACACUGCCACGACGGCGGACUGGUACUGCGGGAUCUCAAGCUGCGGAAAUUCAUCUUCAAGGAUGAAGAACGGACUAGAGUAAAAUUGGAGAGCCUCGAAGAUGCUUACAUUUUACGAGGAGAUGAUGAUUCCCUUUCUGAUAAGCAUGGGUGUCCAGCCUAUGUGAGCCCAGAGAUCUUGAACACAAACGGCAGCUACUCUGGCAAGGCAGCAGAUGUGUGGAGUCUAGGAGUCAUGCUUUACACAAUGCUGGUUGGACGCUAUCCUUUUCAUGACAUUGAGCCUAGCUCUCUCUUCAGCAAGAUCCGCCGCGGGCAGUUCAGCAUUCCGGAGACUUUAUCCCCCAAGGCAAAAUGCCUUAUACGUAGCAUCCUGCGCCGGGAGCCCUCAGAACGGCUGACUUCACAAGAAAUUCUGGACCAUCCUUGGUUUUCCACAGAUUUUAAUGUGUCUAAUUCAGGAUACGGUGCUAAGGAAGUAACAGAUCAGCUGGUGCCUGAUGUCAAUAUGGAGGAGGACUCGGAUCCAUUCUUUAACUGAGCAUUAGGACUAAUGUUGGGGUGAGGCAUGAUUCAGAGAGGAUAACAUGAAGGGAGUCCUUUCUGAUCAUGCAGAAUUAUCUCUGUGUUUCAGCCUGGCUUGAUAGCAAAAAGACAACUUGGAGGGGCAGGAGGGUUGGUUGGAGAAGGAACGCCCAAGAAAUGAGCUAACACAAGAAGAUGUAGCAUGAGGCUGGUUAGAGGGUAUAAAUUGUUGCUCUCAAGCUAGACUGACAUAGGAAAAGGAGGAGGUGGCAGCAUGGGACAACUGUAGCUUCUCGUCUUUAUGGAGCCAAGGACACUGCACACUCAAGUUCCAGUGCAGCCACUAAUCCACUCCCGAUUCCUUUUUGUUCAAAUACUUAUGGUUCCCAGUGAAUAGAAACUUUUGCCUCAACUUGCAUCUUGGCAUCGCACUGUUAGAUAUUUAACUUCAGCCAUUAUUCAGGGAAGGUACAAUUAGCUAUUUUAUUCUUUUUGUUUCCUGUUGUUUAAAAUCUGAGGUUUAAUAGUUGCAGUGGGAUCCAUCUUUGGAAGGAUGGGUGGGAAAAUGGACAAAGGAAGGCAGAGAGAAGUGGGUGCUAACCAGAGUUUUCGUUCAUACCUCCGGAUACCUAGUUUCAGAAUCUCAGUUCUCCUAAAUAAACUAGUUUAAUUCUUGCCAGGAGAAAGGAUAUUUGAAAAUUUCUGCUCCCUUAAAGUGGGAAGGGGCUGUCAUCUAACAUUGUGGUGUAGGUAAUUGUGUUCCCUCCACUGAUGGAAUGAGCUUUACUCUAGUGGAGUCUUCUGUGAGUACAAAGGCAAAGAGAUGCAAUAUUUGUGGAUUCUCUCUCUCCUGUGCAGUUCCCUGUGCCACGUUGAUAAGAUCCACAGUGUUGGGAGCUGGGGUGUGUGAGUAAUCCAGUAGAGGGUGAAAAAUCUUGCACUUGUUGCCACACACAACUUUGGCUUAUUAACAUGUCCUGGCUCCAAGGUGCUGUUGUAUAACCUGAGCCAGCUUGUGGACUGACAUCUCUAAGAUGGGCUGCAGUUCUGCAUUUCUUUAGGAUAAAAAGGAACUCUGCCUAAAUCAUGCUAUUUGGACAAAUAGGAAGCCAUGCAGUUCUGAAAGCUGAAAAUUUGCAAAUUGCGCAAAUUGCACUAGAACGCUGUUAUUUGCAGCUUCCAGAUUGUGUACAUUUAUGCACAAGUAACUUGAUGAGUGUAAUUUCUGCACAUUUCCUUAGUAUUUAAGCAAACCUCAGUCCGUUUUAGAGAUGGAAGACUGUGGAAACCCCCCAAACUUGGCCUGCUUCUGAUCAUUACAGCAGAAGUGAGCAGGAAGUCUGUUGAGCUUCAGUGAGUCAGACCCCCAGCAUCAACAGCACACAUCCCUAGUUGGGAGGCUCCUUGCAACAGUCUGGCAACUGAGGUGGAGAUGCUGCAAAAGGAAGAGGGGAUUUGUGAAAAUCACCUCUUCUUCCGCUGCCUUUUCUCCUUGCCGAAGCCUCCACUCGAUUGGUUAGCAGGAGGGACACAAUUAGAUACAAUCUGGGUGGGUUUGUUUUUUUGGUCGAAUGGUUUUGCUUCAGGAAGCAGUAAUCAGAUUUCCAGGUGUGUUGGACUGCUUUAUUUCCAAAAGAAAAGAGCAAUUCUGUAUUUUGCUUUUGGUGUGUUUGUUUUUUUCACAGGGGUUUGAAUUACUGGCUUCCACUUUACCAUGCUGCACAAAAAUUUGACCACAUAUGGAGGGGUUGUAAGGGAGGGGAAGUAAUCCAAAGGAUUUGAGUAAUCCAAAGGAAACACCUCAUUCUGGAACUAAAUUUUCCUCCUCUGCCCUGAACAUAGCAGGAGGGACUCUAUUAUUGAAGAAAGAAAAAAUGGCAUUCCCCCUGCUCGAAUUUUGUGGAAGGGUAAUGACUUGGGAUUUCUUGCUUUGCUUUUGUUUUAUAAAAAGGAUGCUGUUUUGGUUUUCUUCUCAUUGACCUAUCAAUAAGCUGAACAUUACUAGGACACAGAUCAGUCUCCUAAAGAGUACACCGUAAUAUGCACCUUUUGUAUUGUCAAGACUUUAUUUAUUGAUGAAACUGUCACAUUUGUGAUGAAUUAAGCCAGUACUUCAAUUACGGGUUGACUUGGGGUGACAUGUUACAUGCUGUAGUAAACACGCAUCUUAUUUUCCUCUUCAGGUAUUCCUGUCCCCGGAUGACAUACUGUUUAAUUCUUAUUUUACACCCCACCCUACCACCUCCUUAGACCUUUCAUUUUGAUUUAGACUGGCAAAUGAUUUUUAUUCCUGCUUUUAUAUUGCUGUAUGAUAUUGGGGGAAACAAAACAAAACAAACCAAUCUCUUGGCAUAAAUAUUUGUGUUUCCAGUACCUCAGUUGUUCUGAUGUUACUGCCUUGUAUGCGUUUUUCGUGAAGUGGUCCUGUUUUUUGGAUAGGUACAUGUGGACUCUGUAGUAUGUAAAUGUUACUUGAAUUUUGUGCUUAAUUCUAGUAUGUGGGCAUGUACGCACAGCUACGUGGCAUUUGACAUAUGGAUGCUAUUUGCCUGCCCCGCAGGAAGGUUUCGCUCCCACUCUCAAGAUGAUGGUUCAAGAGACAAAGCACUGCAGCUGACCUGCCUUGGUUCUAUUUUGGUAUCUAAGAAUUUAAAGGAGUAAAGUUUUUACACUCUGAAGAUGGUGCUGUGUUGAGGGAUUUCUUCUCCCCCACCCCCAUGUUUAUUUUAUAACUUGUAGGAAGAAAGGUUGAUGUGCAUGGUGGGAUGUUACUGCCUCUGGUGCUUUGUCUUGUAUUUGGUUUAAUGUUUUUGUCCUAAUCUCUUCAAUAAACAAAAUUGUGCAUAUUUAACUACA